AUGGCCCAACCAACCGCUACAGAAAUUGUUGCUAGCAGUCCGGACUCUGCCAAUGGUCCUUCUGUUUUCAUGUGUGCAUUAAACCGAUAUAUAGAUCAACUGGACAACAAUAAGAAACUACACAAGAGAAAGUUUCUCGCCGACUGCAUUAUUAUGAGUAGGGGUACUAGCAAGCCAAAUGCCGAAACAGUCAACGUAUUGAUUCAGGAGAUUGAAAAAAAGAACACACAGCGUAAAAAGCCUCUGAUGAAAGUCCUGAGGCCCAUUGUCGAUGCCUUGAUAGCGUUUGAUGGAGUAUUGAGCGCUUUAGCUUCCACGGAUCCAAUGCCAUCUUCGAUCAUUUGGGCAGCGCUGAGUUUUAUUGUCAAGGGUGCUCAUCGCUACUUUGAACUUUUUGAUAAGAUACGGAGGGAACUCAACAGCCUUUCAUUGGAGCUUGAGCGCAUGGCAGAGUACGAAAGCCUGUAUGGAGACUCUGAAAACAUGCGCAAUCUUCUCUGUGAUUCAUACAUGAGCGUGCUCCGAUUUUGGAGUGCCAUUGAAAAGCAAUGCGAGGAAUCCUGUAUCAAGGGUGCCUUAAAGCAAGUGUUUUCGUUCAAUGCUGACAAGUUAAACGAGAUUAUAGAGGAGAUAAAGGACAACAGCGACGGCAUUGCAAAGCUGGCUCAAAUCGCUGAGGCUAGGUUAGAGAAGGGUGCACGUGAGGAUGCAAGUCGCGAAUGGAAGGAAGCUCAACUCGAGAGGAUUGAGAGUAGGAAGGAGCGUCAAGCAGCGUCUCAGUUUCGCGAAGAGCAGCGACAGGAACACCAGGAUGAUCAUUAUCGAAAAAUUUGCGCUUGGCUUGGCUCUCAGAAAGCAAAUAGCUCCAACACCGGUCGUCACAAGGUGAAUGUUGAUGACCGAGCCAAGAUGACUUGUCGAUGGCUCCUCUCAAACUCUGACUAUGUCACAUGGAAACUUCACAAUAGUGCUGCCAUAUCUGAUUCAGUACCAGAACCCAUCUUGUGGGUGCACGGUCCACCAGGGUCUGGGAAAACUUUUCUAUGCUCGCGCGCCAUACAAGACAUCCAGGAGGCUUAUCCAGACGCCGCUGUUGUUUAUCAUUUCUUUCAAUUCGAUAAAAGCUACACAGCCGCAGAGACCCUGAGCAUUCUAGCGGAUAGUCUCUUCCAGAUCUAUUGGGAUCGUCAUCGGCGAGUUUCGGAGGAGCUCUAUAACAAGACGCAGAGGAAUUCGCAUUUGCCCGAGAGCAUCCAGAAAGUCAUCGAGUUACUCGUAGAGAAUUCUGGCCUCUCAAAGCUGUUCUUUUUCCUUGAUGGAUUGGAUGAAGAAUUGGAUAAUAGGCAAAAUCCCUACUCGGUUUCCAGAUGGGAGACGGCAUCAACGGUGCUGGAAUUUAUCAUCCGUCUCGUGGAAAAGUCUCCCAGUGUUAUUCGCUUGUGGUGUAGCAGCCAGCACCAUCCCCCCAUCCUCCAAUUGUUCAGUACGCAUAUUGCAACUAUGCUUGACGUUAAAGAGGAUGCCAAAGAGGAUGUCAAGUUUUAUCUUACUGCUAAAAUAUCCGAGCUUGGAGGACGGGAGUUUUCUGAUGAACAGAAGCGGGAAAUCAUGUCAAAGCUUGAAGAGCGCGUGCAGCAUGAAGGAAAUUUUCUUUGGGCUCGAUUCAUGAUCUCUGACAUCCAGGAGGUGGCAGACGACUUGUCAAAAAUCAAGGCUUUUAUUACGGAAAGUCACCCAUCCAGCAUCAACGAUCAUUACCGAAAGAUAUUUGACCGUAUUGACGUCCCCUAUAGACAACUGGCCUGUGAAGUCUUUGCAUUGAUAACAUUUGCGCGUCGGCCGCUUCGAAUUAAGGAAAUCCGAGAAGCAAUCAGUGUUUUACGAAAUCCUAAAAAUCCGAAGGAGUCCAUGCCCUUCAGUUCGAAAAUGGAGAGCGUUUUCGCCCCAUUGAUCGAGCUGCGAGGCGACGCGGACAACACCAAUGAAGACAACCGCACCUGCCAUCUAUUUCACUCCACUGUCCGAACUUUCCUGGACAAGUACCCUGAAAUCUUCCGAAAUGAUCUCAAAGGCAUGGAAUGUACCACGGCCUGUUGUCGAAUCACACCCAACGCCAUUGCCAAUGCUUGUUUGCUCUACCUUUCCCAAGACUGCUAUGCUCGACUACUUCAAAAAUCCGAUGACGGCAGGUGGAGGGUUCAAAAUGACGGCUUGGACGAGCUGGUGGAAGAUCAUCGAUUUCUCAUUUACUCUGCGAAGUACUGGGAUAAACACCUCGAUGACUUGAGCAUCCUCGAUUCCCCGGAUGCAUUGAAGGAACGUGUCAGAGCCUUUAUGACAUCUCCCAACUUCCAAACCUGCAUCCAGGUGCAGAGCUUAUGGGUAGAUUCACAAUUCGGGACAUUCUGGAGACCUGCUGCCCUUAACAAAACUUUUCUUCGUCGGGUUUUGCCUGAAUGGUUCUCGAAAUCGGAAGACGAGGGCUUUAAGGCACUGUUGCAGAAUUAUCGGCUGUUUCUUCGAGAGUGGAGGGCGUUCUUAUGUUGUAUGAAGUGUGACGAUCCAGAGUGUAUCUUAUCGCUCUAUGCAGGCCAGGUUGAUAGAUGCUGGUGGGCAGCUCUUGGACCAAAGAAUUUCUUGUCAAAGCUGCCGGAGCGCUACAUAAGUUUCGCAUUCAAGGAAACUGAUGACGAAGUCAUAGAUUGGGAGAAAGAUAGUCUUUGCGAGGGUAUGUGCAUCUCAGGCAACAGGUUAAAGAUUUUGCGACUCGAACAUCAUGAUCGUGUUUCAAAAUCUCUUAGUUUUCUAUGUGAACACUGGACUUUGCGGGGCGCUUCCUUGCCAAUAUUAGUAAGAAGGCAGAGCAUCCGGACGGAUGAAAGGUCGACUAACUGGCCGACCUAUAUGGCCCAAUCUGAGGAUGACUCCAGCAUGCGGAUCGGUCGAGCAUCGCCAGCUGCAUUUAAUUCCGAUUGUAGUUCUCUUCGACUUGGCGCCCAGAUAUUUGUCCUUGAUGAGAAUGGGGACUUUGUUCCCAUUGACGCUGUUGAAGCGCUGGGUACUGGACAGGUUGAUGCUUCAUGGCAACCCUCGUACUUUGAAGAUUGGGCCAUCAGAGGAAACUACGUUGUUCUCGCCACUAGGCGUAACAUUGCAACGAGAAAGGUUGGCGAGACUUCUUUGGAAGACAGAUCUGCAGAUAAUAUUAGUCAGGAUCUCGACAAACAAAGGAAUGCUGGCAGCCACGAAGACGAUGAAAGGGGAGGUGAAGGUGUUGAAGAUGAAGAUGAAGAUGAAGAUGACAACUACGAUGAAGAUCAGAUUUUGGAUGAUUCCACUUCAAAUAAUUCUGACGACGAAGCUUACGAAUCCUGGAGUGAAUGCUCAACCGAGCAUUCUGAAGAUUUCCUUUUUGAGGAUGAUAUAAUCACGCCUUGGGCAGGCCCUGAAUUGGAGCACGAUUCAGACUCUUCGUCCGACACAUCAGAAAGUCAGAGCGAGGCAGGGAGCGAUGAUGAUACCGAUGACAAGAAUCCACCAACCGUUGAUGAAGUUCUUCUAGAAAUCGCGAUGGAGAUGGAAGGUGAUACAGACUCUGAUUCCGACUCCGAGUUUGAUGAAUCCAACUAUGUACCGCCCUCGGCUGUUGUCGGAUACGGUGAACUGCACAGUGAUGACGAAGAUUGCUUCUGGGAUGAUGACGAUGACGAUUGCUCCUCUCAGCAGAGGAGACGCGCUAUCUAUAGCGAUGAGGAGUCAUCCGACGAUGAUAGGCCUGUAAACUACCACCGCUUCUAUGGUUCUACCACAAAGAGGUCCUAUCAAAAGGGGAUGCAUACCUCUAUAACCGUCUUCGAUACUCGUUCCCCCUCAACAGCAAAGGUUUUCCAUUUUUCGCAGCAGGUGCGCUACGUGCUGUACGAUUCACCACCUGUCAUCCAUCCUACGAGCUCCUUAAUUGUCUGGCCACUCGGUUGUGGAGACGUCCUGUUCGCAGAUUUUCUGAACAACACGUACUUUUCUCGAAGACUCAGGCCCUCAACAGCAUAUACACGUCAGAUAUUCAUGAAGUGUCGCUUCUCCCUAUGUGGGCAAUACUUACACGUGGCCUGCCUCGAAGGACAACUUAGACCUCAGCAACGCAAGAAGGGCGACCAACCCGUUCGGCUCGCCCUCAUGGUGUCUACUUAUUAUCUCUGUGGAAAGAAGUCCAGCCGAAGCCCUCCGACUCUCAUCCAUCGUGCUAGAGUAGCCUUAGGUGCUCAGCCGUACACCUCCGUGUCGAACCCACCUUACACGUUGACAUGGACCCCCAAGGAGCUCUACUUCACCUGCAGUGACACCCAGCUGAAGGUAUACCGUAUCUGCCUGUUCAACCCGAACAAAGGCAAUCCGGAUGGCAGCGUUCCAUCUGUCUUGGUACCCAAGGAGGUGUUCUUCUUACCCGAAACUGCACAGAAGCGAAAGGUUUACUUUUUCCCUCCAGACGAUGACCGCUACCCGAGUCGGGUCAUCGUUGGAAGCGAAACAAGGCUAGAGAAGGAAAAGGACAAAGUCGAGGAACACGAAGUCGACAUCUAUUAUGGCCAUAAUUAUGGCCUCAAAGGAAGUGUUUUGUCGCCGCCAAUCGGUUGCUACUUGCGAAAAAACAGACCUCGGUGA